AUGGUCCUAGCAAACAAACUCGACCGUAAUCUGCGCGCUGCAGAGGAAAGCUCAGAUGGCGAGGAUUACUACGAGGUCACCGACAGGUCCUCGUCUGCCUCCGUGAUUGAGGCAGAUGAGGGUGGCAAUGUAAUCAGUUCGGAUGAUGACAUGUCAGAUGCAUCCGACCACGACGACGACAAAAUAAAAGCACAAAUGAGCAAAGUCUCUUUCGGCGCAUUAGCCAAGGCACAGGAUGCACUCUCUAGCAAGCAGUCGGUCGAUCGGAAGCGCAAGCGGGGAGACGACACGUCAAAAUCACAGGAGGAUAAAUUGGAGGCUUUGAGAGAAAGAUUACGGCAGAUCAAGGCAGAGAAGCUUGCCAAUGGGACACAGCCCAGCAAAAAGGCAAAGAAGAGCAAGACAAAGACAAAGACCACCCAGGACGACAAUGUGGAGGAAAAGGAAGAUUCCGACUCGGACGCUGCUCCACAUGCGCGCUCCAGCAAACACGCCCCGGCCGUUCAAUCCAGCAAGCGUAUGGUCUCGCGAAAGCGGAACGUGGUCGAAGUGAAGAAGCCUGUGUUCCGAGAUCCACGCUUCGAUAAUGUGUCAGGGCCCCGACCCGAAGACUACGUGGUUGAAAAGCGUUACUCCUUCCUCAAAGAUUACCGAGCGUCUGAGAUUGCAGAACUGCGCAAUACCAUCAAAAAGACGAAGAAUGAGGGCGAAAAGGAGCAGCUCAAGAAAAAACUACUUUCCAUGGAGUCGCAACAGAAGGCGAGGGAGAACAAGGAGAGGUUACAGGAUGUAACUCGCGAGCACAAGAAGAAGGAAAAGGAGCUGGUCAAGGAGGGCAAGAAGCCGUUUUUCUUGAAGAAGUCCGAACAAAAGAAGAUUGCUUUGGUCGACCGCUUCCAGAACAUGAAGGCGAAGCAGCGCGACAAGGUCAUCGAGCGUCGCCGCAAGAAGGUCACGGCAAAGGAGAGGAAGAAUAUGCCCGACGAGCGGCGUACUGCUUAAUCUUUUUGAGACGCAGUUUCUUACUGUUUGUAACAUCAGCAGCAUUCAAAAUACAGAUACCCAUCCAA